AUGUUUAUGUUUAACUGUUUGCGUGGAUAGGAAAUUUAAAAAAUGUUAUGUUAUUGGCUAAGUAGGCCUGCAAUUCGCAGAUAAGCGAACAAGCACGUCCAGCGAAAUGGAAUUUCGCCUCCACUUACCUAAGGCUCGUAUCUUAUCCAAGGCGGAUGCAAGCCGCUAAGAGCCGAAUUUGUGCUGACCAUGAAGAUAGGAUAAGCGGGUUACUUAUCGCUGGGUUUUGGACAUUGGCUAUUUACUUAAUAAUAAUUGGGAGUGGCUGGACUUUUAAACAGUUCGCGCCUGGCGUUUGAAACAGCAACAUUCGUCGACAGAAUCGAAUUUAAACAUGGUUGCAUUGACCACACUCGGCGGCCGGGAGGAGAAGGUCACGGCCAACAUUCUCGAUGAUAAGCGGAUCUUUCCCGAGUUCCGUGGAGGACCUUUGGACGAGUACCGACAGCGCGCGAGCUUCUGCUACAAGCGCAUGAACGUGCUGCUCGAGGGCGAGGAGCACAUCCGCAUGAAGCAUAAGGUGUGGCAGUGGAUGGAGCAGCACCCCGACUAUCAGCGAGAACCAGAGGUCUCAAGUCUGGAACGCAUCCGCGAGAUGGCCAACAAACGGCAGCAUCUUCUGUGGGAGCAACAAUUCUACGGCGUCAAUGAGUACCUGGGAACCCCGCAUCUGCUACUGGCUUUUGGUCAGGCCAUUUUCAGCUACGACUUCAGCACCUCAGUGAAGUUCGGCCUUUCAACGGGCAUGUUUCCCAGUACCUUGGUGUCCAACGGAUCUGGCCGCCUUGGAAAAUAUGUGGCUAAAAUCGCCGACAACCGAAUCCUCGGAGCAUACGCCCUCACUGAGAUCUCUCACGGAACAAAUGCACUUGGCAUGCGCACCCGGGCCACUUACGACAUAAAAAGACAGGAGUUUAUUAUCCAUACGCCGGACUUCGAGGCGGCCAAAUGCUGGGUGGGCAACCUUGGAAAAACCUGCACCCACGCCAUUGUCUACGCACAGCUCUUUGUUCCUGAUGACAAGCACCAAGGCCUGCAGGCAUUCCUUGUUCCGAUCCGGGAUGAACGUACCCUGCUGCCGUUCCCUGGAGUCACGGUCGGCGAUAUGGGCGAAAAGAUCGGUCUUAACGGCAUUGACAACGGCUUUGUAAUGUUUAACCAGUAUCGUAUACCAAAAGCGAAUUUGCUGUCUAAAACCGGAGACAUUGAUGCACAGGGAAAUUACACCAGCCAAAUUAAGGAUGAGCGGAAGCGACUUGGCGCUUCCUUGGGCGCACUCUCAGUGGGUCGCGUCAACAUCACUGCUAUCACCUACGUGGCGUUGAGUAAGGCAGUCACUAUAGCAACCCGUUAUGGGGCUAGUAGGCGGCAGUUUGGCCCAACGAAUAGCCCGGCGGAGUGGCCUGUGAUCGAGUACCAGUCACAGCAAUACCGGCUUAUUCCCCACUUGGCCACCACGAUCGCAAUGCGUGUUGUCACUCUCUGGAUAGGCAAAGAGAACGUAGAUUUGACCAUGAAGGGCUUUACUGGCGAAGACACUUCCCAAGCUGGCAUGGAGAUACACGCGAUUUCGUCGGCUCUUAAGCCCGUCGCCACUUGGGCGGCCAGGGACGGAAUACAGGAGUGUCGCGAGGCUUGUGGCGGACAUGGCUACCUGAAGUCCUCUGGUUUAGGGGACCUUCGAAACGACAACGAUGCAAAUUGCACUUAUGAGGGCGAGAACAACACGCUUAUUCAGCAAGCAUCUAACUGGUUGAUCAGUCUGCGACGCAACAACGCCGACUUUGUGCGCGUUUCUCCGUUGGGGACAGUCUCUUUUUUAAAAGAUAUGGAAGACCUGUUAAAAAGCAAAAGCCAGGAGCGUACGUCGGCCGAAGCCAUGGACGUGGAUAAUCUACUAAAGGCGCUUAACUGGCUUACCGCCUGGCAACUUGAGACCACUGUGAAGCGAGUGGAGAAACAGCAGCGUAUUGGGAAUGAUGCGUUUGAAACUCGGAACAACAUCCAAGUUUUUGGUGCCCAGAAGCUUUCGAUCAUAUACGGCGAGCGUACCAUCUACUACGUGUUUCAUCAGUUUGUGUGCGGCUUACCUGCAUCAGCUGAGAAGCAGGUGCUGCUGCAGGUGCUCUCGUUCUACGGCGCCCAUCUGGUCACAAAGUACUCUUCUAUAUUUUACCGUGGUGGUUACUUCUGCGAAAACUCGCAACAGCUCGAUUUGUACGAGGAAGGCAUCUUGAGGCUCCUUCCUGUUCUGAAAGAUGAAGCUAUCGCCCUGGUGGAUGCUAUAGCGCCUACCGACUUUAUUCUAAACUCACCGUUGGGAAUGAGCGACGGAAAUGUUUACCAGCAUCUCCAGCGCACUAUUGUUUCCACUCCUGGUGUUUACGAGCGCCCCCAGUGGUGGCGUGACGUAACCUAUAAGGAUUACCUGAAGCGCUCCAAAUUGUAAGGUUUUUAAAACCGAAGCACGCGCAAUCUUUAAAUUUAAUUUUGGUCCGCUAAAUUAGAUUUCGGCGUAUGUAACCCAAGCAUCAACCCAUUUUUAAACUAAAUUCUUUUAUUCUGUUUUUAAUAGCAAAUAUAUUUAUAUUUUUGUGACAACAUAA